GCUUAGCAACGGGGAGGCUCCCUUUUGGAAGCUUUUUGCGACUCUAGCCACGGUCCUGCCCCCUUCCCGCCCCCUCGUCCCCCUCAACUCCCCUCACCUGGGAGCUGCCGAACAUCUACAUCAACCUGGGCCCGACGAGGGGUUAAAAUUCUACCAGUAGGGCGCCUGUUGAGCCCUGCUCACAACCGUAAAACUCAGUGUGUUCUACACUUUUGUCUGAGGAAAAAGAUAUUUUCUAGGAAGAUGGUGGCAGAAAAAGAGACUCUGAGCUUAAGCAAAUGCCCUGACAAGCUGCCGAAGAGGACCAAGCUGCUGCCACAACAGCCGCUCCCGGUGCACCAGCCUCACGCCCUGGUGUCUGAGGGCUUCACGGUCAAAGCCAUGAUGAAAAACUCAGUCGUGAGAGGCCCUCCAACUGCUGGGGCAUUUAAAGAACGACCAACCAAGCCCACAGCGUUCAGAAAAUUUUAUGAACGAGGAGACUUCCCAAUUGCCCUUGAGCAUGACUCCAAAGGAAACAAAAUAGCCUGGAAGGUAGAAAUUGAGAAGCUGGAUUAUCAUCAUUAUCUGCCUCUGUUUUUUGAUGGGCUUUGUGAAAUGACAUUUCCCUAUGAGUUUUUUGCUCGGCAAGGAAUCCACGACAUGCUGGAACAUGGGGGGAACAAGAUUCUACCUGUCAUUCCACAGCUCAUUAUCCCGAUAAAAAAUGCCUUGAACCUCCGAAAUAGACAGGUCAUCUGCGUCACACUCAAAGUCCUCCAGCAUCUGGUGGUGUCGGCUGAGAUGGUGGGUGAGGCCCUGGUGCCUUACUACCGUCAGAUCCUCCCCAUCAUGAACAUCUUCAAGAACAUGAAUGUUAACUCCGGAGAUGGCAUCGACUACAGCCAGCAGAAGAGGGAGAACAUCGGAGACCUGAUCCAGGAGACGCUGGAGGCCUUCGAGCGCUACGGAGGCGAGGAUGCCUUCAUCAACAUCAAGUACAUGGUCCCGACCUAUGAGUCAUGCUUGCUGAACUAACGCUGGGCACAGCUGGGCCGGGGGGAAGGCAGCCCCUGGUGCCGUGGUCGUGGGCCUCCUUUACUUGUGACUUCUACAGCUUUCUUUUUCCAGCUGCUAGAGUAGUGGCUUAUGGGCCCUGGGAUUGUUGGUCCUGUUGAGAGCAAAGCUUUCCAAUACAUAAACAGUGCCUGUUUCUUGGAUUACAAUAGCUUACUGUGUUCAUUUGUUCCAUGAGAAGAAUCGCUUCUUUAUACGGCUCGAACGGGGGCCGGGGUGCGAGCUAAACCUUCAGUUGCAUAGACAAUAAAACUAUAAUUUUCAUACGCAAUUCAGCAAUUGCUGUUUUGUGUCUGCCUCCCUGGAGGGCGAUGCCAGAGGAUGCAGGGGAAGGGUUUGUGCUGACUGCUUAAUAGGUGUUUGUCAUGGGGGACAAGCAUGGGUUCGGCAGCGCCUCUCGGGCCAGCUGUGUGGAAUAAUGUGCUUUGACAGUCAGUAAAACUGUGGAAUCUA